GGUGUCCUCGUGCCCCCUCCGUCUCCGUGGACUUCAUUCUGUGUCUCUCUCCAUCAGCAGCGGUCUGGAUGCUCGCACGGACACAAGCAUGGCUGUGAAUCUCGCCAAGAACAGACUGGGUCUGCUGACCGCCUACCAGGACGUCAUCGACGAAACCUCCGACACCGACUGGGCCUUGUAACACAUAUGAAGAUGACAGUAAUGAUUUGAUAUUGUCAGCAACCGGAGAUGGAGGCCUGGCAGAGAUCACGCUGACCUUUGACACUGGCAGGGUGAUGUACGGUUUCUGCAGCCUGAAGGAGCCCACCACCUCUGCCCUGCCACGAUACAUUCUCAUCAACUGGGUCGGCGAAGACGUGCCAGAUGCCAGGAAGUGUGCCUGUGCCAGCCAUGUUGCUAUGAUAGCAGACUUCUUCCAGGGAGUAGAAUUCAUCAUAAAUGCCAGCAGCCUGGACGACAUUGACCCUUCAGCAAUUGGACAGCGUCUGACCAAUGGAACAACUUUGAUGGCGAGUCCAGUGCUCAGCCGCCUGAAAUCCCGAGACGAAGAGCACAAAGACGUGGGAACGGUGUAUGAGAAAACCAAUGCCGAGGUGGAGAUGAAGAAAAUCAACAGGGAGGAGUUUUGGGAACAAGCCAAGCGUGAGGAGGAGUUGAGGAAGGAGGAGGAGAGGAGGAAGGCAGCAGAGGAGCGGCAGCGCUUUGAAGAGGAGCGAAUGGAGCUUGAGAAGAAGGAGCAGGAAAACCGAGAGAAGUUGUACCGUGAGAGGGAGCGGCAGAUCGAGGAGCACAGCAGGAAGAAGAUGCAGGAGGAAGAAGAGGCCAAAGAGAGGUUGCAGAACCAGAUCAACAUGGCAGCAGAGCUGAACAUUGAAGACCUCAACCUGGAAAAGAAAGAGAGUGAAGUAGAGGAGGCGAAGGCCAUCAUUGCUCAGCGGGAAGGAAACCCUCGAGAGUUCUUCAAACAGAAGGAGAGAGCCAUGACCAUCAGCGACGAUACUUCACCCGUCUCCAUCCACAGGACCGGCCGUUUGGACAGCCCCUUCUUGAGGCAGCAGCACUGUCCCAGCAGCCCAAGUCCAUACCCCCCACCUCGGGGCGCGUCACCCCUCCGCACCCCGCCCCAUGCACAGACGCAGCCCGCUGCAGUUGGAUCCAGUGACGAAGAUGUGACCACAGAGUGCAACGUGGCCAGCGUUUCACCAAUUCCCAAAAUAGUCACCACGCCCAUCAAAGAGGAUUUCAGCAAGGAGGAAGACUACAGAGACGAGUGUGAUUUGCCACCAAAGCAGGAGCAGAAAUCGCCGGUCCAGGAAUCGAUUCCUUGUAAACCUGUGCAGAGCGUCACCCCACAGGCCCAUGACUCCUCCAACUUCUCUGUGUGGGGGUCUGGGACAGACAGCCUAGUAGACCUCUGGGACACCAGCUCUGCUCCUCCUGCCAAUCCCUCCCACACCUCCCACUCCUCCAACCUGGUGGACCUGAUGGGCGAUGUUGCUGAUGAAGUCCCACCCAGUGCCGAGACCGCAGCCAGUAGUAACAGUGGGCGGGCCCAACCCCUGCUCAGUUUUGAUGAGAUGCUGGAUGGGGUCUGCUCCUCCGGCCCCACGGCCGACGAGGACCCCACAAGUCUUGUUGAUGUAACAGCAAGCUCUGACCAGAUGACCCUCAGCUACCAGCAUGCAUUGCAGCAUGCAUCUGCACAGCAGGAGCAGGACCUGGAAGAUGAGCAGCUGCUCAUGACAAACGGAGAGACGCUGCUGAAAGAAGGGACUCAGGCAAGUGAGGGUUAUUUCAGCCAAUCACAGGAAGAGGAGUUUGGCCAGACGGAAGAGUGCUCAGCUAAACCUGCACCGGUCUUUUAUAACAAGCCACCAGAGAUUGACAUCACAUGCUGGGACACGGACCCCGUGGUCGACGAAGACGACGAUGACUAGUCUCACGCUGCCACCGGACCAAGAGGAAGAAGUAGGCAACAUGCAUCGUAAAGAAACCGAUUUUUCUAAAAAACAAAAGCCAAACAAACAAACAAAAAAGUAAUAGUAAGUCUUGCAUCAAAGCAAUUUCUGCAUUAUCUUUUAGAGGAAGUGAAACCAGUAGCCACUGAAAACCUUACACAUGCUAACAGUUUGGAUAUGAGUUCUUUCUGUGUAUUUGUUCUUUUAUUUAUUUUUUGUUUUGUUUUGGGUUUUUUUUUUGUUUGUUCUUUUUUUUUUUUUUGCAAUGCAGAUGUAAUAGCUUGGAGCGGGGUCCCAUUGUUUGUGUACAUGACUUCAUGUUAACGUAGCGCACGGCUACAUAGACGAGGUGCAGCCCGCGCCUGCACGCUGUAGCGCUUUAAUAACAAACAUCUGAUGCCGUGUGUUGUCACUCUCUGUUCUUACCUCUUUUUCCAGCUGCUUUUUCUCUCUUUCUCUCUUUGCUCUGUUUUCCUACCUGCUUCCACAAAUAUUAUCCUCCACGCGGCGACUCUGCUCGGGUCAUGUGACUCCGUUUCGUUGUUCUGCAGUAUCUGAACUUGUUUCCUUAUUUUCGACACUGUUUGAAUUGUUGCUCUCCUUUGACCUUUUUUUAAACCCUUUUGUAAGAUUUCAAGAUUAAAUAACUUGUAAAUCUG